AUGCCAAAGAUUGUUUACUCUGCCAUUCAUGCACUAUAUCGUAUUUUCUCACAAUUACUUUCCAAAGGUGGUUUGCAAAGGCCCAAGGAAACAGCAGAGAAAGAUCAACAAAUGAUAAUUAAAUCAGAGUUAAGAGACAAUUAUAUAAGAUAUAUCAACAAUUUGUAUGGUUUAAUUGGACAAGAAGAGCCUGGUUUGCAGAUUCCAUCUUUAAACAUUCUAUUGGAUUUACUUAGAAUAGAAUCAAGAUAUUACACCAAAGCUUCAGGAGAUUUUUAUUUUCCAAACAAUCAAUAUUAUCGAAUUGUUGAAGCACUUAUUGACAAUGAAAAUUUCAAUGAACAUUUAUUAAAUGAAUUUGUAGAAAAAUAUUGGAAUAUUUAUGAUGAUUUAAGAUUUUAUUUUUUUAAAGAUAUAAUUAAUUUUGCAGUUGAUAAUGGAAAAUCCAAAGAAAAAUAUGGACCUUUAUCUAAAAAAAUAAAGAAUGAAAAGUCACAAGAAGAAAGAUUAUAUAAUUUGAUGGAGAAUACAUUACAAAUACUUGAAAACCUUAGAACAAUGCCAACAGAUUCAUCAGAGAUUGAUGAAUUUUGGACAAGUCACCCAGCACCUAGUAGCAUUUUAUUACAAUUGGGUGCUCAUCGAAAAGUAUUCUCUGAUUGUUGGCUAAGUUUUUUUAAACUUCCAAUGACUGAAGAAUCAUACAAGAAAAUCCUUUCAAUUAUGCAUAAAAAAAUAAUUCCUCAUAUGAAACAGCCUACUUUAUUAAUGGAUUUUCUAACAGAUUCUUAUAAUGCAGAUUACCCAGAUUUUUACAAGAAAUUAUAUAAUUUAUUUGAUCGUAAUUUGAUGCAUGUGAAAUAUCGAUCACGAUUCUUUCGAUUAGCUGAUUUAUUUCUUUCAUCUACGUAUGUAUCACCAAAUAUACAAAUGUCACAUCUUUCACUCACAAGCCCACCAAAUGGAAUUGUAAUAAUUAUACCAAUGAUAUAUAAUUUAAUAAGACGACACCCACCUUGUAUGGCAUUAAUUCAUAGGCCUAAUUCAAUAAAUCCUGAGACUGAUUCAAAGGAAGAAAUUAUCUUUAAAGACCCAUAUGAUUUUUAUGAACAAGAUCCAUUGAAAAGUAAUGCAAUUGACAGUUCUUUAUGGGAAUUAAAGACAUUACAAGAUCAUUAUUUACCAAAUGUUGCAGCAUUAGCCAAAAUCUUUCAAGAUAAAUUUACAAGGACUCAAUAUAAUCUAGAAGAUUUUCUGGAUCAUACAUAUUCUACUUUAUUUAAUUCAGAAAUCAAUAAGAAAUCCAAGAAAAUUCCAGCACUUGCUUUUGAAAAACCCAGCUUUGUAUUUCCAGUAUUAGAAGAAAAUAUUGACUUUGGAAUUGGAUUUUGA